ACAUGGUUCAUUCCAGUUUUCUCCGGGGGAUCGUUUUGUUAUGAAUUUUUGUGAAAUCGUUUUGUUCUUAACACCCUUGUUAAUUCAUGGGAAGCCUGCAGUUCUAAGGAAAUCUACAAAGCUAUUAUUAUCAGAGGCGCUACUGAAUUCAGAUGGAACAACAGGGCCUCCGCUGCUGAGUUCUACUUCUCUGGGCAAUCGCAGUUGUGAUAAUUGUAACACUACAACAUUAAAUGCCUGUCAAGGGUGCUUCCUGGAAAAUCAACUAAAUAUCAAGAACAGCUCCCACACAACCAACUCAGAAACAUCAGAGUUACUAACCAACAAAAAAAUAGGUAUUGUAGAACCAGGAAUUGUUGACGAUCCAUUUUGCGCUUAUUGUCAAAAUUAUGAAAAUUCAGAUGAUAAAAACCUUUGUGAAAAAAAGUUCUGUGCUAGCAGUAUUAAAUAAACACGAUGAACUCGUGCUGAUUAUUCCUUA